AUCGUCAUCACUCGACGUUUUGCUCGGUGCGCUGCGAAUUGCCGCGAUCAGUCCGAAACGCCAGAAUUUGUUGCGCACAACAGUGCAAAUUACUUCUAUACCUUGCUCGUGCAACCAGAGCACGAAACGCAGCUUGUGAGAGCGCUGUCAUCACCUCCUUGCCUUUUGCAGGAGUUGCAGUGCCGCGAAACGGUCGCGAGAGACACGAAGCGUUGCGUACGCAGCGCCACGGACCCACGGGACGCCGCCAUGCAGCUCAAACUCGCGCUCCUGUGCCUCGUCACCGGUGCCGAUGCGUUCGCAGCCGGCAGCACCGUCCGACGGACCACACGCCUCGCCGCGGCUGCCGACGAGUUCCCGCGGGAGACGGCGCGAGCGGCCUACUCGCGCUUCGACGACGUCUGCGCCGACGAAGAGUGCGACGCCCGCGAGCUAGCCGAGGACAAUGGCUGGGACGAGCUCCGGCGGCUCGCGCGGCGCGAGGAGGCCCAGGACCGCGCGGCCGCCGAGAAGGCCGCCAUCGCGGCGUUCCGGUUGCGCCUCGAGGAGCGCUGGUAGAGCGCGCGCCGUGGGUCCGCGGCUCCGCGGCGCGGACCGUCCCAUGUACUUUCCCCAAGUUUAAAAUUGUCAAGU